CAUUUGAAUAAUGUGUAAGCACUUGGACUGGAGCCAAUCAGCUGUCAGAGGACCAUGAUAAAUCGCAAUGCAUUAUUGAUAAUAAUAAUUACUUUGACAUGCGCAUUUCUACUUGUGGAGCUAAUUUUCCAACCCGAAGAAUUUGUAAAGAAGGAAAGGAAAUUGUGUUACUAUUUGCUCUCGAUGGUUGCACCAUGUCGAGGCGCAAGCAAGCCAAACCACAGCAUAUCAAUUCCGAUGAGCCCGGGUCCUCAGAAAACGACGUUCUACUGGAUGGUCACGCUGAAGAGGAUGGAAAUGAGAGAAAGAGGUUCAGAAUGGAAGAUGCUAGAGUUUGCAACAAGUGUUGUGCCGAAUUCUUCAAUGAGACAGAAUUUCUUGAACAUCAGGAAAAUUGCACUAAAGGUCAGCAGGUGGUCAUCAUGAAAGACUCUGAUGGGAAUGAAGUGCCAGAAGACUUCUCUCAAGGCUCUUCUGGUGCCCCCCAAAGUGACGAUGAUGGCCAGGCCAGCAGUAAUCCUUUACCCAGUGUCCAUCCAGAACCAGAACGGACAGAUGAAGAGGUGUCCAAAUCAAAUGUUGAAAAGUUUUCAAAAGGAGGACAGGUUAUGUCUGCCAGUACUGAGAUUAGUUACCAGCCUUCACCCAAGUUACAAGAUUCUAACGUCACCCUUGAAUCUAUGCCUGCCACCAAAGUAGCAGUCACCCAGCAUUCAUCCAGCCGUAAGUCUCCACCCUCCAAGGAUACAUUGCAGGCCAUCCCUAUGAUUCUGGAGCAGCUAGUAUAUCUCCAGCAGCAACAGCUCCAGCAGAUUCAGCUAACUGAACAGAUCCGCAUCCAGGUGGCCAUGAUGGCUCCCCAGAGUCUCCACUCAGCUGUAGGGGCAGCAGUGGACCCCCUUAAGGCACUGGGAGCUCACCUUUCUCAGCAGUUGUCAGCUGCAGCAGCCCUGAUAGGGAAAAGAACAGGAAGUCAGAGCCUCUCAAUGGAGACUAUGAAACAGGGCAAACUACCUCAAUCUAAUGGCAUCCCAACAUCUCUGGCUGAGGGUCUAGGGUCAAUCCCCUUAAAAGCAGAUCUUUUGAAGGCAGUCCCAGACCUGGCCAGUCGCCUACCAGCUUUACUACCCCAGUCUCCAGGGGCCAUGGCAUUACCAGGCUCUUUUACUGGCCUCCCUGUAGGACUGGAUCCUUCCAAAAAAGGGAAAAGCAAGGUCUCCAACAUGCUGACUGAAUCCAAAAGUAGUUCUGGGGAUCUCUUAUACAAGCACAAGUGUAAAUAUUGUGGCAAAACCUUUGGGAAUGACAGUGCCCUCCAGAUCCACUUGCGCUCUCAUACUGGGGAGAGGCCCUUCAAAUGUAACAUCUGUGGAAAUCGCUUCACAACCAAAGGAAACCUCAAAGUACAUUUCCAGAGACACAGGGAUAAGUAUCCUUACAUCAGGAUGAAUCCCCACCCUGUGCCAGAACAUCUUGACAAUCUACCCACCAGCAGUGGCAUUCCCUACGGUAUGUCAAUGCCCAUAGAAGAAUCCAACAUGGUGGACAUGAAACCAGUGAUUGGCCUCCCAACUCCAGGUUUCCACCAAUCUCCACUCCAGGGCUUUAAGCCCCCCUUUGAAAGCUUUGGAGUUGACCCAUUCUCUCAAAGGCCCUCAUCAUCAAGUAGUGAUGGAGCAUCAAAUCCCUCCAACAUGUUUGGUCAUGAGAUGGGCUCGGAUCAAAACCAGGAAUCGAAAGACCUCAAGGGAACACACACGAAUGGCAAUGGUCUAUCCGAGCACACCUCAGGAACUGCCAAACUGCAGCAGAUGGUGGACGGGCUGGAGAAGAGGACCAAUGAUCCCAACGAGUGUUACAUCUGUCACCGAGUGCUCAGUUGCCAGAGCUCCCUCAAGAUGCAUUAUCGUACUCACACUGGUGAGCGGCCCUACAAGUGCAAGAUCUGCGGACGGGCUUUCUCCACUAAGGGAAACCUCAAAGCCCAUUAUGGUGUUCAUCGGGCCAACACACCCCUCAAAAUGCAACACUCCUGCCCUAUCUGUCAGAAGAAGUUUACCAAUGCAGUGGUCCUGCAGCAGCACAUCCGCAUGCACAUGGGCGGACAGAUACCAAACACCCCCAUGCCAGACGACCAGUAUGAGGCUGCUGACGCAAUGGACUCAUCUCUGCCCGACGAGAACUCCAUGGAUGCUUCUGGCCUUGAUGGGAGCUUGGAAGACCCAGACACUGAGCUGGACACCCAGGAGAAGCCCAGUGCCUCCUUCUCAACACCAGCCACUGACGAGCAGCAGCCCCAGGCACCUCCCUCAAUGUUUUCUAGCAUCGCAGCCCUAGAGAAUCACAUGAAGACCAUCACCUCGGCUCUCAACCUGAAACGCCAGACCAGCACAACCUCCGAGAGUGAUGGACCGUCUAAAGGGUCACCCUCGGAGCCAAAGGAGCAAGAGUACCAGAUCGAUUGUAGUCCUGCCAUCUCUGACUCUCUGUCCUUUCACUCCUCGUCACCGGUGAACAGCCAGAUGGGAAGCAGCCAGUCAAAGUCUCCUGAGUUGGCAAUUCCGGAGGAUUUUUCCCAUAAUGGAGCUCGACUGGAUUCAGACUGUGGCUCCCAGGAUGUAAAUGAGUCCAAUGGAGCUCUUGAUCUGACUGCACCCAGCAGCUUCACACCAAAGCCAAUCAAAGAAGAACCUGGCCUGCCCUACUCAAUUGGCGAGUAUGCUCCUAGCCAUCUACCUUUCAUGAGGAUGCCCCCCAGUCUGGUCAACCUGGAGAUGCAGAUUCCCUCAGAGAACCCCCUGGGUGCCCAUGGCUUGUUUGGCUCCCAGCUGCCUCAGGGGACAGGGAUGUCGGCCUCCAGCGCUGCUCGCAGGUCCACCAAGCAACACCUGUGUAACGCCUGUGGGAAGAACUUCUCUUCAGCCAGUGCUCUGCAGAUCCAUGAGCGGACGCACACAGGAGAAAAGCCCUUUGCCUGCACUAUAUGUGGAAGAGCUUUCACUACCAAGGGUAACCUAAAGGUCCAUGUUGGAACUCACAUGUGGAACAAUGCGUCUAGGCGCGGUCAGCGCCUGUCUUUGGACAACCCCAUGGCCUUGAUGGCCAUGGGAUCAGAGUCGAAGGUAAUGCCUGACAUGAUGCCCCCUCCUAAGGAACUGGGUCCUCCACCUAUGAACUUUGACCAGUCUCUGUGGAACCAGUAUGCUGCUGCUUUCACCAAUGGGCUGACCAUGAAGACAAAUGAGAUUUCUGUCAUCCAGAAUGGUGGCAUUCCCCUUCCUGGCAGCCUGGCUGGGGGGCCUCUGGCUGGCUCCACUGGAGGCCUGAUGAAGAUGGACGGAUCCCACUCUGGCCUGCCUGCCUCUGUGGCGGAGAUGGAGAAGAACAUCUCAGAAACAUCUCAAUUUCCACAUUUCAUGGAAGAGGGAAAAAUUGCAGUGAAUUGAGUAUGAAACUAAGGAAGUUCUCUUUUUGUAAAUCCAUCACUGCGACGUCAGUUUUGAAUGUUUAUAGUAGCAAGGAUAUUGCUCGCCUACACUCAUUGAUGGGUACAAUCAACGUGUGCUUUACAAGACUUUACGAAAGAUGACCCUUGUUGAACAUUCUCCGGUUUUGCGAAGUCUAGCUGGAACUCUAACUUUAACGGUGCAGCUCUCCCCCUCCAAAUGAACAAUGAACCCCUUAAACAAGUAUUAUUUUUAGGUUAACUUGAUAUAACUACUGUAGUUGUAUUUACUGAUUCUUUCUUUAUAAUAUAUUGCGGGUAUUUCUGUGUGACAUCUUUUUAGUCUUGUAUCCAGAAGUUGAAUGUAGGGCGUACUUGAAACUGCUUUAAUUCAGAAUUUUUCCCUGGUAUACUUUGAAGAAUUUUGACAAGCAUUGGAAAAGCUUCAGGGUGUGACCGAUAAUGGACACCACUGUUUUAGUGUACAUGAUUAAUAUAAUGUGGUUUUCUUUAUUCCUCUGUACAUGACUACUUGCCCUGCUACUGUGUGCCAUAGAUUUUAUAUAAAAGUUGUACAGUUCUGUAGUGGUCAUUGUGCUGAUUUGUUACUUUGGAGAUAAAUAUUUGAUCACUACAUUUAUUCACAGUUGCUCAAAGUUCUACUGAAUAAGUGUUGUGUUCGUUAUUCAAAUUCGUUCAGGCUUGAUUAUUUACUUUGUCAUCCAUUUUGGUUGUCAUUUGACAGAAAUUCCCAUUAAGUCAAUUGUGGAGACUGAGAAUGUGUCCUUUAAACAGAACCUCAUGCCAAGUGCCUAGCUUCAACCUGAAAUAAUCAUCUAUUUUCUUUUUUUAACACCACACAAUUGUAAUGAAGGUUGUGUCUGUUAGACUGAUACCAUAUUGUCCCAUGUAGCAGUACUUUUUGUUCAUUUCUAUAUAUAAAGAUCUGUUAUACAUUCUCUGCUUCUGAUAUUCCCUAGAAAAGUACAGCUUAAUCUUUGGUUUGUUCUGUUCUGAAGAAAAUGGAAUGCUCUCAAUCAUGCCUGCACUUUAUUUCCAAUUUUUUUUGUAAGGUGACUAGUUACAUUUCUGAACAUCACUUCUGAUUACCAUAUCGUAGAAGGUGCACAUGAGUUUUGUAAUUACCUUUAGUGUCCUUAUAGAUUUAAAAACAUUGACUGCAUCAAUUUUAACAGGGAACUUCAGAUUCCUGUUGAGUUACACAAUGACAAUGUUUAACAGUUUUUGACUGACUUUGAUAACUGUUUUCUACAUUCUUGUAUUAAAUAUGGUAGCUUAUAUAAAUGUUUUGUUAUUUAUAUCGCACGGGGUGGUAAAUCUCUACCUCAUUCAGAUUUUUUUUCUCCACCCCUUAAUCUUAAAACACGGUCUGUACAAUUAGUGAUACACACUGCUUUCAUUCUCUAAACCUGCUGAGUUGUACAGUAACGAAUGUAUCACUGGACACUUUACACAACUCAGAAUGCUCCGAUAGCUGUAGACUCCUGCUGUACCUUCCCCAUCGAUAUGCAUUUACCAAGUUGUGCCUUUAAUUCAAGCAAACCAUAUCAGAACUGCUUUGAGGUUGUCUCUACAAUUCUAGAUAAUGUUGAGCCAAUUGGGCUUGUUUACAAUGUAAAUGUGUUUUUGUUCAUUUUGUUCUCUUUAUCUAAAUGUUACUUUCUGGUCUUUUGAAAUAAAAAUCAGGGU